AACAAAAUGGCGGAGUUGUUGAAUUGAAUAUUUUUCCGGCCUCGUUUCUCCCUGACGCUGAGCAGUGAUGCUUAUUGGAAAGUAUUUUGUUUGCUACAGUAAAAUAGACAGAGAUCCUGUUUCUGUUCUUCUGGAAGCCAAAGGAAGACCUAACACUUUGCUUUUCGAGAGUGGCGCGAUUGCUGAGUUGUCGCAAUGGGAAACUGAAAGUAUAAAGAAAGGAUAUUCUAAAGUUGUAGAUGCUUACGGUUGCCUGGGAGCUCUCAAAAUCAAUCUUGGUGAAGAGGAGAUUAGCUUCUUUCUUGUUCUUGUAACUGGUUGCACAUCAGUUGGAAAAAUCAAUGACAGCGAAAUAUUCCGUAUUAAUGCUACUCAGUUAGUCCCUUUACAAGAUGGCCAGGAUGAAGAAAUUAUUGCUGAAGUGUGCAAGCUAUUGAACUCAGGAACAUUCUAUUUUUCUGUUUGUCCUGGAGAUCAGCAGCCUAUAGAUUUGACCCUUUGUUCACAGCGAAGAUAUGAGGGCUGUGAACCCGACAACCGGUUCUUCUGGAAUCGCAGCCUGCAUAUUCACCUGCAGAGGUUUGGAAUUGACUGUUUGCAAUGGCUACUUCGAAUGAUGUGUGGAGCAGUGGAAAUAAGAACUGUAUAUGCUGGGAAAACUCAAGCCAAAGCCUGCCUUAUUUCACGAUUGAGCUCUGAAAGGGCGGGAACAAGGUUUUAUGUAAGAGGGACAAAUGACGAUGGACAUGUGGCAAAUUUUGUGGAAACAGAACAGUUUAUCGUGCUUGAUGACAUGACAACCUCUUAUGUCCAAACGCGUGGAUCAGUUCCAGUAUUCUGGGAGCAGCCUGGUGUUCAGGUUGGGUCUCACAAGGUCAAACUCUCCAGAGGGUUUGAAGCCUCAUCACCCGCAUUUGACAGACAUUUCGCCAGCCUGAGGAAUCUGUAUGGACAACAGUUACUUGUUAACUUGCUUGGUACAAAGGAAGGUGAAAACACUCUAAGUAUUGCAUUUCAGGAUCAGCUGAAAGACUCAAUUCAUGGAAGUGAGACUCGCAUGAUUUGUUUUGAUUAUCAUCAAAAUUGUCGAGGAGGAAAGUUGGAUAAGCUGACAGUGCUCAAGGAUAAGGCUCGACCGUCUUUAAAUGAGUUUGGAUUGUUCUUUGCCAAAGGAGACCAGAUUGUAAAAAAUCAAAAAGGAGCUGUUCGUACAAACUGUAUUGACUGUAUAGAUCGCACUAACAGCGUUCAGAGUUACUUAGGGCUUGAGAUGCUGUCGCAGCAAGUUGAAUGUCUCGGUUUGUCCAGCAAACAAGGAUUGCUGUCCAGAUUUCAGGAAGCUUUCCGUACCAUGUGGACACAAAAUGGCGACCAUAUCAGCCGUAUGUACCUAGGUACUGGAGCUCUAGAUGGAAGGGCCAAGGUGAUGAAUAAACUUCGUGAUGGCGCACGCUCGGUUCACAGAACCAUUGUCAACAAUUUCCUAGAUGGAAGUAAGCAAGAAGCCAUUGAUAUGCUGUUGCUAGGCAACACAUUUGUGGGGGAGCUUGGUGAAAGAGCGCGUGCACUGCUGUAUGCUUCUUUUCUACACUCCUCUCCUAUUAUUUUAAGGGAGUUGUGUGACCGCCAUCUUGAAUACACCACAUGGUCCAAUAUACGCAUUUGUGUUGGUACGUGGAAUGUAAAUGGCGGCAAACACUUCCGGAGUAUCGCUCACAAGCACCAAACAAUGCAUGAUUGGCUUCUGGACUUUCACAAGACACUUCCGGACAGCGGCUAUUCGGAGAACAAUGAGGUGGACUUCCGGUUACCAACAGAUGUAUUUGCUAUCGGCUUUGAGGAGUUAGUAGACUUAAAUGCAUCCAAUAUUAUGUCAACAAGUUCAAAUCAACGAAAGGAAUGGGGCGAAGAGCUGCGACGCAUCAUAUCACGUGAUCAUGCCUAUGUGCUAGUGACGUGCGAACAGCUUGUUGGUGUUUGUCUGUUUGUGUUUAUCCGUUCUCAUCUUGUUCCGUACAUAAGGGACGUGGCUGUCCAAUCCGUCAAAACCGGUCUUGGUGGUAGCGCUGGGAACAAAGGAGGUGUGGCUAUACGUCUUCUUCUGCACGCCACCUCCAUCUGCUUUGUUUGCUCGCAUUUUGCUGCUGGUCAGUCAGGUGUAGCGGACAGAAAUAGUGAUUAUCACGAUAUCUCGUCAAGGAUAGCCUUUCCAAUGGGCCGCAGGCUAAUUUCACACGACUAUGUAUUCUGGUGUGGAGAUUUCAACUACCGAGUUGAUCUACCCAUAGAGGAAGUGAAAGAACUGAUAAAGAACAAACAAUGGGAGGAACUCUUGAAAGAAGAUCAGUUGAUAAAAGAAAGGAACGAACACAAGGUUUUCCGUGGCUUUAUCGAGGGUAAAAUAAUGUUUCCUCCAACCUACAAAUAUGACUUGUUCUCUGACGAUUAUGAUACAAGUGAGAAGAUGCGUAUCCCGGCCUGGACUGACCGUGUCCUCUGGAGACGGAGAAAGCCUCGGUACAAGGCAACCACCCUCGUCCGUAAGCACGUGUCUACACAGCACAACCAAGUGGAACAAGGAGAUAAACCUUUACUCAUCGGAGAGGGAGACGGGGAUGAUAAUGAUGAUGGCGAUGGUGAUGAUGAUGAGGAAGAAGAAGACGACGACGAUGAGGACGAUGACCAAAUUGAAAAGGAAGACGACAAGGCUGCUAAUGCGCAGGGUGGAGGAAUUCAUUUCACACCUGGAAAAAUUUUGUAUUACGGGCGAGCAGAGCUAAAAACCUCAGAUCACAGGCCAGUUGUAGCCCUGAUAGAAAUAGAAAUACAGAAGGUGGACCGGGAUAAACAGAGUCAGGUACAUGACGAUGUUAUGAAAGCUAUGGGACCCGCUGAUCCCACAGUUGUAGUGACAAGUGAUGAUGUGGAAGAUGGGGAUGCCGGGAUUGAUGUAUCAGACCUCCUUGGUGCCGUGGAGCCUUAUGGGACUGUUGUAUUAGUAAGGGUGGUCGAUGAAGAAAUUCUUUUGACUAUGGAUGAUGGUCGUAGCGCGCUAAAGGUCCUGGAGCUGGACGGAAAAGAGGUAUCGGGUAAAAAGGUUCAAGUUCACCUGAAAUCUGAAUCACUUUUGUCUAAAACUGACCUUACAGUUCAAAGCCUUGUCUCGCACGAGUCCUCGUUUGACUCUGAGGAAUGUAAAAACAAUUCGUUGACUCCAGUAAGGGGUCGGGCGCUCUCGGAUUUGUUGUCCUCUUCAACAGGCCAUCACUCUACCAAGCUGCCCGUUUUGGAGCCGAUCAAGAUUCAGUCAACCGAAAUUCAGUCUGCCGAAGAUGGCAGUUCGGAUAGUGAACCGGAAGACAAAGGGAAUUUUGAGCUGGCUUAUGAUAGCGACGAUGAUAGCGAACCAGAGGCAGACCGCGAGAUUAAUAAAAUUAGGGUCAAAGAUGGAGAUGAAAGUUCUAAACAAGAUGACAACCGAAUGCUUCUCCCAAAACGACCACCACCUCCAAGACCAGCACCUGCGAGGUCUAAAGCUACAACUAAGGCUCCUCCACAAGUCAAAACGGUUGAACAGGUCACUAUUGCUUCUGCACCAGUUGGGGAUGGCCCAUCUGUUGCACUUGGCGACCUGUGUGACUUUGAUCCAUUGGUGAAGGAAACUUCAAAGCAUUCUGCAAAACCCCGUAGACCCGCUCCACCUAAACGCCCAGCCCCUCCCAAAAGGCCAGUUGACGGACCAAAGGCGCCUUCUUCUGCGGUCCCACCUCAGGAGGGACAUAAGCCCAAACCUAAAGUAGAGGUGAUUCAUGUUGCAACCAAGAAAGGAAAACAGGGCCCUGGGAUAGGUGUUCCAUUCAAUGUCCAGCAUGUAGCGCACAUUGGCGCUGAUAACGUAGAGGCUCUGCUGCUUGCUGCGAAAGAUGAUCCAAAAUUGUUGCCGUCGUUUUUGCUUCCCGAGGGCCUUGGCGAUGAAAAAGGGGACAGAAAGAAGUCAGUGGAAAUAGACGACACGAAAGCAGGCGUCAAAGGAACGUCAUUAAAAGACUUGAAGGAGACGUCACGUGGAUCAGACGAAUGUUCGGCUCCAGUUCUUUGUGGCUCUAACGGGAACGCUACAAAUUCCGAUGACCAUGAAGCACCGCUCCCCAGAGUUGCAUCCGUCUCUAAACCAACUCCCAAACCUAGACCUCGUUCAUUAGUAGUGGAAAUGGACUCUAACAAAGAGGCUAAGGUUCCAGGAACAGCAGAGAGGCCAGUUGCACCUCCACGGUCAAAAUUCAAAUCUUCGAAAGGGGAUAUUGAGGCCGGGUCUCAAAAGGACCAUACCAGUAAAGCUCCUAAACGAGACGCCCCUAAUAGAAUGGACAUGAAUCUUCCGCUGCCUGUAAAACCGAAGCCUAGACCAGUUCGUAAUGAACAUCCAGGAGAACAGCGAGUUUCUCCCUCGUUUUCUGUUAACGAAUCAGUUGCGGUGACUGAUGCGGCCGUUGAAGAUAUCACUUUAAAUGCACGGGACAUUGAAACUGGCCAGAAAGAAAUCAAGGGCUCCGAAGUGGAGCCUUCAAAAGCAAAAGCCAAAAAGCCCGUGCCACCUCCCAUACCCCGGAGAAUCGACCUGGAUUGAUUGUUUAUUCAGUCACGAUUACAACUCUGUCAACAGAACCGUGGUGUUUAUUUGCUCUGGGUUUCAGGAGACACGGUACAGUUGUUGGUAUGGAAUGUUAUUGAGGAUGGUCAUUUUUGUAUACUUAUGUCAGAGAUCCAUUCAGUUUGUCUGCGUUUGUACUCUUGCUGAAUACGUAAAAGGAACGUUCACCAUCGCCUGUUUCGGUUUGCAUUCUCCACAAUGGCAGAGUUGUUAUGCUUGCCUUGCAGAGGAGGGCUGCAGGACCAUUAAUCAUACGGCUCAGUACUAGAGGUCGCGUUGCUUCUUCUGUGGAGGGUUCUGCCAAGGAGAAGAUGAUGUACGCAAACUUAAGAGAAUCAUCAAAACGCUUUUGUCACUGCCUGUUUUAAGCAUUGCCUUUUUCGCCACUCAAACUUUCUUCUUCAAAUUGCUUACUGCUAUCUGGAUGCAGCGACAUGGUAUAAAUAUCAGGUUUUUAUUAGUUUCUUUUUGAAGCUAGUUAUUAGUAUAUAUAAACAGGCGAUAAGCGAGUGCAACUUGAAAGAAGUUUAAAAUAUCAUUGGUGUAAAUCCUUAAUUGCUCGAGCUUUCAUACGAUUACUCGUUAAUUAUAUGACUGAGAGAAUUACGAACGCGCGAGCGUUAAUUUGCACUGCGGUGGAAUGAAAUUUAACAAUAAAUAGGUCCACUCCCAGUCAAUCAUAGUAAAGUAAUUUCCUCAGUUAAAUAACAAUAAUUAAUUAUUCUAAUUAUGUAUGAUUUCAUAAAAAUCACAAAUUCUUGCCUUGCACCAUAUUGAUAUUUCAUUGCACUAGGACAAACUCAUUCACGCGGAUUGUAAAUCUUGCGUCCGGUUUUCUCGGUGGAGUCGCUCCGAAUCCCAAACAUGUGUUUUACUUCUUGUCGCUGUGAAAAUCCCGGGGUUUUGCUGGCGUAUGUGGGUUAUAUAUGUGCCGCGGGAUAGGGAUAGGGUAUCAUUUUUACACAAACGAAAUAAAGUUGACCAGUUCACGCCA